UAUACAACUUACAGUUUAGACCUCCAAUAAUACCAUGAGAACUCAAGGGAUGCUUAGGCAACACGUACCGCUACACAUUGAGUGCACAUGAACUGAACAACAACUAGUUCCAAGUUGCCGUCUUAUAUUAAAACCUAAAUGUCACAAAAAACUAUAUAAUGUCAAAAAUAAAACUACAAAAUGACAAUUUCAUAUAGAUACGUAAUAGCCCUGCCGGUCUUCAAUUAAGGAACUUUUAAAAACUUUAGGUAGAUAUUUAAACGAAAUAUUGCCACGAUAUAGCAUGCUAAUUCAGGGACUGAAUAGAAGUCGUCUCAUGCUCAGUCCGGCGCGGUAUUUCAAAUCUAAAGAAGUAUAUGACACUGCAGGGGACAAAUACGAUUACUCUGAUGAACCGUCAAUUUCAGAACAACUUGGAAAAAUACCAAGACAUUACCUUCUCACUAGAUCACCUUUUGACUACCCAACGGUAGAUCAAAUGUAUUCAUAUGCAUACAAAUUGGAUGAUGAGUAUGAUAAAUUCAUAAGCCCCAGUAGACACUACGUAGUCCGUGAUACACCUGAGCGUAGUUACCGUACAUCUGAGCAGAAUUACUCAUACUCCUACAAUUCCAACGUGGAUUCUUCAUCCAACCGGUAUGGAGAUCCAUACGGCCCAACAAACCGUUCAUACUCGUCCAACGAAAGUGUGACCCGUUCUAACAUUGGAGGUCCAGGAGGAUACAGCUACUCGACAGAGCGUAGCUCUCGCUCCCGUGGAGAUGGUGUUCCUGGAGGAUACAGCUCCAGCUAUAGCUCUACAAGUAGUGGAAGGUUGCCUGGAGGAACCACAUACAGGCACUACUCUUAUCGCGUCUAAGCGAAGCUUAAAUGAUGUUGAUUCUGUUAAUAGUUGUAACAUGAAAACAGGAAAUAUCUUAGGCUGGACUGACGUUUAUUUAGAGAAUUAUGCAAAGCCCAAUACAAUUUAUUGACUAUACUGAAAGCUAAAAUGAUCUCGAAAUUAGCCUCAUCGAAACGCAUAUUAUGUUAUUAAAAGACAGAAUAGCUAUUGACAUUAAAAUUUUAUAUCAGCAUGAAACCGCUAUUCAAAAUAGCAUAAAAAUAAAAUUUUAUUUUCUUAUCUUUUUACACUAUUUGUUUUGCUAUUAUGCAAGUCGGAUACGAAUUUGAAAAUAACAAUAAUAUAUCCUCAACAUUUCUGACGCAACGACAUUUGAACAUAGUAUUCUUUAUUUUUCUAACUUCCAUGUUAUAACUAAGAACAAAAAAUGUCUCAUCUCUCAAAAAAUCUCAAACUGAAUAGCCCAAUUAUUAGUUCUCUAUGUUGAAUUUAACUCUUCACCAGAUAUUAACAGAUCACUAAAUCUUAUUUGUUACAAAAAUUAUAUAGAACUAUGUUUUUUCAUAAAACAUGUGUACGCACUUAUGUUAUGGCCUUUGUUGUAUAACUGUAAUACAAUACAAUAUAAUUCACAUAAUAUACAUACCUAGUAAAUAAAUCCGUAGUUCGACGCAGCUAGUAUUUGUAGGAUAUUCUACAUAGUUCGCAGAAAUUAACAAAAAAUACAUUGUACUAAAGCAUCGCUGACUAACUUGAAUAUAUUAUAUUUUGUAUAGCUUUUUAUUCACCUUUCUGGAAUAUUGUGAUACUUGUAGUAAUAUAUACGUUUCCUGAAAUCUACA